GUUAUAGAGCGCCGCAGAAGCUAGCCCUCCAGCUAGUAACAUUAGCUCACGUUUGGAAAGGAGAUUAUUGACACCUUCACACCUCAUACUGGUGGAUGUUUUAUAUCGUUAGAUGGUCCACCGACCGCCCCGGUGCCGAGGAGUCGUUUGCUUGAGUCUCAACCGGCAGUCGCCAUGGCGGAAGAGGAGGAAUUCUCGCCAAACUUUCUGACAGAUGGAAUGAAACGCAGCAAUGGCGACUUCGUGCCACCGGACGGGCUGUGCUGGUUGUCGGUGCUGUCCUGUCUGCUGCUGGCGUGUUCUUAUGUGGGCAGUUUGUACGUGUGGAAGAGCGACCUGCCGAGGGAUCACCCCACUGUGAUCAAGAGACGCUUCACCAGUGUACUCAUCGUGUCGGGCCUGUCGCCUCUCUUUGUGUGGGCAUGGAGAGAAUUCACAGGUGUCAGGACGGUCCCAUCGUUACUGGCUCUCAUGGGGAUCCGGUUUGAAGGCCUUAUUCCUGCAAUCAUACUUCCUCUGAUGCUCACCAUGGUCCUGUUUCUGGGCCCCCUCACACAAUUAGCUAUGGACUGUCCCUGGAGCUUCAUGGAUGGGAUCCGGGUGGCCUUGGACCCAUGGUUCUGGAUGUUGUGCUUCAGCGACAUGCGCUGGUUGAGGAAUCAGGUGGUGGCGCCGCUGACGGAGGAGCUGGUGUUCAGGGCCUGCAUGCUGCCCAUGUUGGUGCCCUGUGCCGGUCCUCUCGCUGCCAUCUUCACCUGCCCCCUCUUCUUUGGAGUCGCUCACUUCCACCAUGUGAUCGAGCUGCUGCGGUUCAGACAAGGGACGCUGUCGGGGAUCUUCCUCUCCGCAGUGUUCCAGUUCUCCUACACAGCGGUGUUUGGGGCCUACACGGCCUUCCUCUUCGUCAGAACAGGUCACCUGAUGGGUCCGGUGCUCUGCCACUCCUUCUGUAACUACAUGGGUUUCCCAGCUGUCAGCACGGCGAUGGAGCACCCCCACCGCUUCGCCAUCCUCUCCUCCUACCUGAUAGGGGUCCUCCUCUUCCUGCUCUUCCUCUUCACCUUCACUGACCCCUCCUACUAUGGCCUGCCCACACCGGUGUGCACCCUCACCUCCUUCCCCAGCUCCCUCUGCCUCUCCUGACCCCCUCCACACCCUCACACUUCUCUGCUCUUGUCAUGUCAUGUUUAUUUUUUUCUUUUUGCCAAGUUAAGAGUUCAGGUGAGGUCCAGUUAGGGCCGACAGCGCUAACAGCCAUUUGGACUAAGUUGCCAUGUUCUACGAUCUAUGGACCCUCGAUAUGUGGAUAAAUCCUCUGAAGCUGCUCUACAGAGUGACUUGGUCUCGGUGGUUCACGUUGCUGGGAAUGAACCUGAAGGCCAGUUCCUCCUCAGAUCCUCUCGCACACACAGAUCUCAUCAAUCUGUGACGGAGCAUCAUAACGUAUCAGUGUACUCAUUUUCCACUCGGUCAAACUCAAAGACUAGAUAAUUCUAGUUUAUUAGGUCUUAUUUUUGUAAUUUCUGCAGCCAUCAGCCAUUUCUACCAAUAAUAAUACAAUAAGCACGGUAUUGCAUUCGGACAGUCCACUUCCUGGUUCCUUAUUUGUAGUAGCUGUACGCAUACAUUAGGGCUGGAACAGCUGAUUGGUUUUUUGAUUAAUCCGAUUCACGGUGACAUCUUCAAGGAUGUCAUGUCUACCCCCCUUAACCAAUAGAAACCAUGGGCAAAGCUAUGAAAAUAGCUAUGAAAAUAAGACCUGAGUCCUGCUACACGUCUCGACAAAGUAUGGGGUUUUGGGUCGGGUUGGGUUCAGGAUUGGAUGUUGAAUUGGGCGGGACUAGUGGGGUUGAGUCUAAACAGAACUCUAUCAUGUUCUAAUAGACCUGAAUUAUCCUUUGAUGCCUUUGAGCAGCUCUGGAGUGACGCGUGGAAAUCGUUGUAGUGGGUUGUUGGAGAAACCGUUUUUUCUUCUGGCUGCACUGCAUUGUGGUCCACAGAGGCUCACAAAUCUCCUUUGGUGUGAUGUUGGAAUAGGAAAUGCACAGCAGGAGCACAUCUACAUCACCUACCUUUAUGAGGUUGUGGGCUCGUUUUUUCCUCUGGAAGUCCGACUCUGCUGUGGUAGAGAAACAUUCUGCUGGACGCGGUCAGUGUUUUAUACGAUGUACUCAUAGCUAUUUAUAUACCUCUGUAUGUGCUGGUGGUCGGUUUCUGUUGGUGAGGGUGAUGGGAUAGCUUAGAGGGGUUCGCUGUUAGUUAUGGCUGAAACAUACUAUGUGUAGCUGUUUGUGAGGAAGGACAUAAAAGCUGUGAGUCAAACAACUGCAUCGAGACUGCUUGGACGGUUGUUUCCGUCUCAAUCACAAAGUCAAACGCAGUCUAUCAGUCCAUUAGAAAAUGGUUUCUUCUGUCCGGACCAAGUGAACCGAGCUACAGGUGUGAAAGUGUUUGACAGUACAAUAUCAACUAAAGCAUGCAGCGUUAUGUAAUCUUUAAUAGUUUUAGUGGAUAUUACUCGAGAAAGUCUUUAAUCAAAUUAAAAUAACAAAACAAUUCAAAUGAAAACACAAAUGAACUUCCCUGUGCUUCCUUCUGGGCACUGCACCCUGGUUCAGGUGCUGUGUGGGUUCAUUAGGUCUGCUGAUGUCCAUGAAGGACUGCAGGGACCCAUGUGCAGACGUCCAUACUUCGUUUGGUGUCCACGGCCGUGUUGUGUAGUAUAAUCCGAAGCUUUAGGAUUUUGUUCGACAUAUUUUCCGACACUGCAACUCCCGAACUUGAGUUUGUGUAUCCUGAAACGUCUGCAUUUGUGUCCUUACACGGAGUAUGUUUUGGUCUUUUGGCCUUGGAGAUUAUUAGUCUUCAAACAUUUUUGAAGAUCUUUUACUUUGAGGUCCUAAAACUGUUCCAGUAUUGAAGGAGAGCGCUGCAGCCGCUAAACGGGCCGUAAUGUGAUCCUCACCGUCAAUGUUCAUCCAAUACAAGUUCUCCUUUUUGCUCAGAUUGUUCUGACAUUAUGGAAAGAACCCUCCAGAGAAAUUGAACAUUAUUCUUUACCUUUCACCUGAUCCGGUCUGUUGGUUAUUGGGUCAAACAAAGUCUCAUUCGGAAAUCUUGUAAGAGGUGACUUGUUGGAGAGUUAUCAGAGUUUGUGUUCUGUAAAUGGUUUUUAAUGUCUCAGCUGAAUAUUUAGUUGGCGAGAGUUCUGAAGAAGACUUCUUCUAGUGAGACUUGGUCAGACACAAUAACAGACUAGAUUGAGAGAGAGCAAAGCAAAAGGGUUUUAUUUCUAUUUUUCAAUGAGAGUCUGUGAGUGGUAACAAAGAAGCACUUUUAGUGGACGUUCAUUGAGGGGAAGAGUUGACCCCAGUGAUCACGUCACAGCUCUCACUCCAUACCGGACCAAUUACAAAUAUUGUUGUUUCCAUUAGUGACUUACGGUCCAAGCUGAACAACACUGAAGGUUCCCUUUGACUGGUUAACUUCAAGUCUGCUUCACCAGACCUCAGCAAUAGCUUGUCAUUAAAUGUCAUCAUAACCUGCGAGAAAUAAUUAUAAAACAAAAAUGAGCCUCAAGAUAGAGAAAUGUUUGUUAGUGACCAGCAUUUCAAUCUGUUAUUGUGUGCACGAGACUUCUGCGCGAGUUUGUAAUGUUCUCGUCCUCUAUUGGGGACAUCAAAGUGCAUCAGUGGCUUUUGUUCUAGAAGAAUGUGAUUUGAUUAAACUGUUAAACUAUAAGAUAAUUCCUCUUCUGACUCGUUGACCUCUCGCUCCACUUGUUGAAGUGUGUUUGUAGCUCACCGUUGGUGAUGUUUGACGUGCUUCUGAGAGGGAGAGUUCUGAUACUGUGAAGAAGAAGUGGGCUGCUUGGGUUUUUAGCAAUAAAUCCUCUACAUGGGGAAGAGUUUCGAUCUAUUUUAUGUGACUGAGAGGGUAAAGCGGUAGCUGCUCUGGAAGAAACAUGGCCGAAUGUUUAUUCUUCUUGGCAGGGCGUGUCUGUGAAGUUUACAAACCCGUGGCAGGUAGAGAACGAUAGUGAUGUGACUAGAAGUUACCUGUAGCUGCCAGCAGAGGGCGUCGCAGCUCUUUGUCCGAGGCCUCGCUCAGAGGAACUCUGCAUUCCGUUUAUCAGCCUG